GGGCAGCAGGACUGGAAGGUUGAGUGGGGGUUUUGGCUCAGGCCGGGAGCAGAGCAGCGGGUGGGGAGCGGCAGGCGGGCAGGGUCCCCGGAGGCGCCCGGGCUCUGCCCCUCCAGCUAGAGAGGGGGUCGAACUCUAGCGGCCUGGAAGGGGCCAGGAAACCGCUGCCGGCGGGCAAGAAGCGGCCCCCGAGGGCGGGGCGCCGGCGGGUUUGUGAGCAGCCUGCCCGGCCCGGGUCCGAGUUCCAGUCCCGUGAUGGCCUCUACGGGCAGCACCACUCGGCGGGCGGGCUCGGGAAGCUGGCACUCAGAAAGGGAAGGGAGAGGUGCUCGGCCGCAGCCAACUCCACGUGGCUCCAUGCAGCGGGCGAACAAAGUCUCCUUGAAGGCCACCUGGACUGACGCGAAGUCCAAGCAGCCCAGCCAGCCCCAGCCCGACCUCGCCGACCACCUCCGUGCGCAGGCGACUGCCCUCGACACGCCGCGCCGCCCUACCUCGCUCACCCUGCCCCGCGCUGACCCCAGCCCCAGCGAGGAGUCCGACCAGACGGUGAUCGACCAGACCGCGAUCGGGAGCUACUACCAGCUGUUCGCGGCGGCUGUGGGCAACGUGGAAUGGCUGCGAUUCUGUCUGAACCAGAGCCUCAGGGAAAUCCCCACCGACGACAAGGGCUUCACUGCCAUCCACUUCGCCGCCCGACGGGGUAAGCUUGCAUGCCUGCAGGUCCUGGUAGAGGAGUACAAGUUUCCCGUGGACCUGCUGACCAACAAUAACCAGACACCCCUGCACCUAGUCAUCCACAGGGACAACACCACCAUGGCCCUCCCCUGCAUCUACUACCUGCUGGAGAAAGGCGCAGCCCUCAAUGCUCAGACAUGCAACGGCUCCACGCCCCUGCACCUGGCAGCCUGUGACGGCCUGCUGGACUGUGUGAAGGUCCUGGUGCAGAGUGGCGCCAACGUCCAUGCCCAAGAUGCCAUGGGCUACAAACCCAUUGACUUCUGCAAAAUAUGGAACCACCGUGCCUGUGCCCGGUUCUUGAAGGAUGCCAUGUGGAAAAAGGACAAGAAGGACUUUGCCCAUGAGAUGAGGAAAAUGAAGAUGCUCAAGAUCCAGCUGACCCUCAUGGAGCACAACUACCUGAUUGAGUAUCAAGGUCAAGGAUGCAGUGUGCACUUCCCAUUUUCCUUUUCUCCCAUUACACCAGAGACUCUCUUAUGGCAGGACAUGUCUCUACUAUCAGACUGUGGAUUCCUUUGGAGAAGAAGGGAAUUGUCUUUCUGUAAGACUUGAGAUUUUCCCUAGGGCAGGGACUGUGUCUCCCAUGUCAAGCUGGAGUCUCACCUAGGGCAGAGGCUAUAUCUCUCCCAUCAGAUUGGAGAUCUCCCCUUUGGGAGAGGUGCUUUGUCUCCCCACUCAGCCCAGGGGCUCCCUUAUGGAAAAAGUUGUCUCCCCCAUCGGAACACUGGCUCCCAUAAGGUAGGUGUUGCUCCCAUCAGACUCAGAGUUUCCCUCAUCCUUCAGACCGUGGUUUCUGAAAGCUACAGCCACAGGACCUCCUUGCACAGAAGCAGAGGGCAGCAGGCCUCCAUGACUCUCUUGUGCCCUCUGUUGUUGCAGAAAGAGCACAAAAUUCUCAGAGAAGCUGCUAUCAGAAAGUGGCUCCACGGCAAGCUGCACCCAGGCCACUCUCUGGUCUCUAAUACCAAGCAAGCCCGGGCCACCGCCCUCUCUAAGACCCCAGAGCAACGGGGAUCGCAGCGUUCCAGGAGCUUCCACCCCUCUGUGGAGGCGCGCCUGCAAUGCAUUCCACAGCCCACGGAGAUGCCCAAGCCCAUCUACAGGAAGCCCACGGUCAAGCGGCCCACGAUGUGGAAUGUUAGCAACAACCCCACCAGACCCCCCACCACCCAGAUCAGCCACUCGCAGGGCAUCCGCCUGGGCGUGCAUCCAGACCCCACUCCGGAGCACGACUUCAGCAGCUUCCUGGAGGUGAGGCCUGAUGGGCACGGCGGUGCGCAGCUGCACACAGUGGACGGCCACUGGGUGGCGCCCGUGCCGCGGCUGCCUUUUGAGGUGCUGCUCCGCAUGCUGUACCCGCGAGUAUCGCCGUACAGAAUGAAGGUGCCCCAGGGCUUUUACCCCAUCGGCAUGAGGGAAGUGCCCAGGAAGCGGCACCUGGGUGACAACACCUUCUGGACCGACACUCUGGCCAUGAACCUGCGUGACACAUUUGAUGAAGCCUUCCUGGCAGCUGUGCGAUCUCAUCAAGGACUCCCCACCCUGCCCUCCCCACAAACCAACCCAAAAGUUCUUACGGCUACCUCUCCCCCGAGGCAGCCCAGUGAAGGCUGAAGUGUGGAAAUUCGCGUUGUGGGUGGCGAGGAAAGGGGGAGGGGUGCCUAUGGGCUUCCCACUCCCAAGCUUGAGAAUAGAAGUCCCCCUUCCCAAUCAAAAGCCCAGACCCCAGGCCUCCCUUUUCUCUGCAAAUAAAUCUCUUGGCACCCCCUCCCCCGCCGCCACCAGGAAAUCCAAGUUAGGUUCAGAGUGGGUGGUCAGACACUAUCCUUCACCUUGGCAUUGUAGAAGUUGUCACAUUUUGGCACCCCCACUGCCCUCCCAGCCCUAAGGGCCCAGGCUUCCAGGAUGGAAGGACCCACUGGGAAAUUCUGUUUCUUUUUCAGAUUAAGCCCUUCCUGCUGCAGGCUCUAAGCUGAGACCCAGAAUGGGGUGGAGGGCAGCUAAUAUGUCCCCCUGGUACGGGCUUCCCUGCUACUCUGGGCUGCCAUCCUUAUUCCCAGCGGCCACUGAGGUUUCUGCAGUUCAGGGAGGCAUGGGCAGUACAUCAAGGGAGGGGAGGGAUGUGUGGUUUCCAUUUGAGUCUAUGAAAGCACUUGUACUUCCUCCAGGAAGUUAACUGGCUUCCCUGUAUCCCCUUGUACAAAUCACUACAAUUCAUUCAUUAAACAAACAUUUAUUGAGUGCUUUCUAGGUGCCAGGCACCAAGCCAGGCACUGUUAAUACAAAAAUUCCAACACAAUCCUUGCCCUCAAGGAGCUUACAGUCUACUGGGGAGAUGACCAUUAGGCAGGCAAGUGAGCCCAGAGUGAUCUGUGUAGUAUGCCAGGGUGGGGGUCGGGAGGAGAGGGUAUAGCCAAAGCUCCUUGGAGGAAGUCAAGUGUAAGUUGAGAUUUGACAGAGAAAGUACCCUUUCUCUGUGACCAAAAGAAAGGAGGAAUCAGAGUGGCAAUGGAGAGCCACUGCAUCUCUGGAUACAGGAGGCUGGGACCCAGAAUGCAAGAAGGCAAAUGAUGAGACCAGAGAGGUGAGCAGGGACAAGGACACCAUGAGUCUCACAAGCCAUGCUGAGGGGUCCAGACUUUAUCCUGAGGGCAGCAGGGAGCCAAGGAAGGUUUUAGGCCAGAGAGUGACUUGAUCAACUAUGCAAUGCAUUUUAGGAAGAUAGCUCUGGCCACGGGAUAGAGAAGCAGUAGGAGGCUGUCACGAUAAUCCAGGUGAAAGCUGAUGACGGUGGGAGUGGCUCAAAUCAAGAGAUGUUAAGGUAGACCUGACCGUUUUGAGAGAUUGGAUAUGGUGGGCAGAAAGAGAAAACAGGAAUAGAAGAAGUUUCCUGUCUGACUCCUGAGUGAUCUCGGGGUCAAGGGAAGUACCCAGAAGGGGCAGGUUUGCAGAAGACAGCAAGUACCAUCUGGGCCAUGGACCUGAAUUGUCUGUGCAC